AUGUCAGAAACUGUAACAGAGACCGCGGCGCCAGCAGCGAGACAAGUCAUCUACUGUGGAGUUUGCAGCCUCCCCCCUGAGUAUUGCGAGUUUGGGGGUACGGUGAAGAAAUGUGAGGAAUGGCUUCAGAAGAAUCAUCCUGAUCUACACCAGAAGUUAUAUUCCGAAGAAGCCCUGAGUGCCAAUCUAUCUGCGCUUUCGGUGGACGCCCAGAAACGAGCAGAAAAAGACUCAGCAAAAAAGGCGGCCAAAGCCGCAGCGGCGGAGCAACGUGAAGCCGAGAGAAAGGCCGAGGCCAUAGUGCUCAUCAAGAGAGUGGAACGAAACAAGCGGAAAUAUGUCACGGUGGUCUCGGGCUUGGAGGAACACGGGCUGGAUUUGAAAAAGGUAGCCAAAGAACUGGGCAAGAAGUUCGCUACGGGCAGUAGUGUAACCAAGACCGCAGCGGGAGGAGAAGAGAUCACGGUACAAGGCGAUGUAAGCGAUGACCUGUAUGACUGGUUACUGGAGAAAUAUCCCGCAAUACCAGAGGAUAAUUUAGAUAUGAAGGACGACACAAAGAAGAAGGCUGGAUGA